AUGAUUCAAGUCGAUGGCACUUUUCUAUGUGGGCUCUACAGACACAUCUUGAUGAUAAUCGUUGCACAAGAUGGAGACAAAAAUAUUUUCCUCAUUGCUUUCGCUAUUGUUAAAAAUGAAUCGGAGGAAACUUGGAAUUUCUUUCUCUCCAACUUGCGUUCCCAUGUUAUCACUCAAGAAGGGGUUUGCAUGAUCGCAGAUCGGUCGGCUGGGUUGUUAAGCACAAUUAGUGGACCCAAAAAUAGAUGGACGUCACCUCACGCAUAUCCUGCAUGUUGUAUAUGUCAUAUUGCGUCGAAUGCAAUAAAGAGGUUUAAGCAGAAAAAUAUCAAAAAGAAGAUUAUUAAUAUGGGGUAUGCUUUACUUCAACCAAACUUCCGUGCACGGCUUGAAAAUUUGAGAAGAUAUGAAGAUGAUGUGUAUGAGUUCGCAGCUGAAAUACCAAGAGAGAGAUGGUCACAAGCAUAUGAUAUUGAGGGUCGAUGUUACGACCAUAUGACUACAAACCUUGCUGAAUGUAUCAACUCAGUGCUGAAAGGGACUCGAUACCUCCCAAUAGCAAGUAUUGUUAGGGAGACUUACUUUAGGUUGGGUAAAGUAUGGGCAGACAAAAGUGCACAAAUUGAUGCCAUGAUCAGCGAUGGGAGAAAUUGGACUCCAGAUUUAGAGAAGGCAAUACAAAAGAAUUAA